GAUGCAGAGACCAGUUUCAUCCCUGACCAGGAGAAACUUAGUCAUCGCACAGUGUACAAACCAAACUGAUUCAUCAUUCAGUUAUAGAAGACUGCACGGUGGCUUGGGCAGUCCAGAGAAGGAGAGAGUGCAGGCCUCACAGUCAGAAGAGACCUUGAGAGGAGAUGAUGCAUCUACUUUUAUUCUUCUAGAGUCAUUUCCUGUGUCCCCCGGAAGUCCUGGCAUGAGGGGAUGUGCCGUGCGGUGCAGUGGAAUAUGGGCCUUGGGUGCAUAAACAGGCAUGACUCUGCAUUUGCCAUAUGAGGACUUUUACCUCAUUUCAGCUGAGAGAUGAGAACUGUUUCACUCGGCCAAGGCAAGCCCAUCAGCUUACUGAUUGGGUUUUGAUAUCCUUCUGUGAAGUUGAAAACACUUGACUUUCCUUGUUUUACUCAGAAAUUGAAGAACAUGUAUAAAUGAACUUCAGCUCUAAUUGUGUUUUAUGUAUGUGCAGACGUAUCAGUGUGAAUGAAACUGAAAGAUGGAAAAAAUUGAGUAACUUGCCUUUCCCUGGUAUAAAUACGAGUCAGUUUGGAAAAUGACCAGAGUGUUGUGUAAGUGUUUUCAGUGGGUGAAGCAGGGGAGCUCAGGUUACACAGCGUCUCCCAUGGUGGGGGUGGGGGGCAGCAAGUGACACAGCAGGCAGCAGACACUUACAUAAUCGUGACUUCAGAGGAUGGGAUUAGGCUGUGAAUGAAGCUCCCAGUCUCCGGAACAGGAUAUUAGAACGCAGCCCUAUUUAACCCAGAGACUGACUUCACUAUAGAAUCACCCACAGAUGCAUCCAUGACUGGGGAAAGAUAGUGGCAACAGGCAGAGGAGAAACAGCUCUGACACACAGAAGACAAUGAGUAUGCUAAAACCAAGCGGGCUUAAGGCCCCCACCAAGAUUCUGAAGCCUGGAAGCACAGCCUUGAAGACGCCUGCUGCUGUUGCUGCUCCAAUAGAAAAAACAAUAUCCAGUGAAAGAGCAUCAAGCACUCUGUCCUCUGAGACACAAGAGGAGUUUGUGGAUGACUUUCGAGUUGGGGAGCGAGUUUGGGUGAAUGGUAAUAAGCCUGGAUUUAUCCAGUUCCUGGGAGAAACCCAGUUUGCACCAGGCCAGUGGGCCGGGAUCGUUUUGGAUGAGCCCAUAGGCAAGAACGAUGGCUCAGUAGCAGGAGUUCGGUACUUCCAGUGUGAGCCUCUAAAGGGGAUAUUUACCCGACCUUCAAAGUUGACGAGGAAGGUGCAGGCAGAGGAUGAAGCUGAUGGCCCGCAGACACCUCACGCUUCCCGGGCGACUUCGUCUCUGUCCACUUCAGGAAUCAGCAUGGCGUCCUCGUCCCCAGCCACCCCCUCAAAUAUUCCCCACAAAUCAUCCCAACCAACCGCAAAGGAACCUUCAGCUACGUCUCAGAUCAGCAACCUUACGAAAACCGCCAGCGAAUCUAUCUCCAACCUUUCAGAGGCCGGCUCAAUCAAGAAAGGAGAGAGAGAACUCAAAAUCGGAGACCGAGUACUGGUUGGUGGCACGAAGGCCGGUGUAGUCCGGUUUCUUGGGGAGACAGACUUCGCCAAGGGGGAGUGGUGUGGCGUGGAGUUGGAUGAGCCUCUUGGGAAGAACGAUGGGGCUGUUGCUGGAACAAGGUAUUUUCAGUGUCAACCCAAAUAUGGCCUGUUUGCUCCGGUCCACAAAGUCACCAAGAUUGGCUUCCCCUCCACCACGCCAGCCAAAGCCAAGGCCGCCGCGGUGAGGCGAGUGAUGGCGACCACGCCCGCCAGCAUGAAGCGCAGCCCGUCUGCCUCCUCUCUCAGCUCCAUGAGCUCCGUGGCCUCCGUGAGCAGCAAGCCCAGCCGGACAGGACUGUUGACCGAAACCUCCUCCCGUUACGCCAGGAAGAUCUCCGGCACCACCGCCCUCCAGGAGGCCCUGAAGGAGAAGCAGCAGCACAUUGAGCAGCUGCUGGCCGAACGGGAUCUAGAGAGGGCGGAGGUGGCCAAGGCCACGAGCCACGUGGGGGAGAUAGAGCAGGAGCUCGCCCUGGCCCGGGACGGACACGACCAGCACGUCCUGGAAUUGGAGGCCAAGAUGGACCAGCUGCGAACGAUGGUGGAAGCUGCCGACAGGGAGAAGGUGGAACUUCUCAACCAACUUGAAGAGGAGAAAAGGAAGGUUGAGGACCUUCAGUUCCGGGUUGAAGAAGAAUCGAUUACUAAGGGCGAUCUUGAGCAAAAGAGCCAGAUUUCUGAAGAUCCUGAGAAUACGCAGACCAAACUGGAGCAUGCCCGCAUUAAGGAGCUUGAACAGAGCCUGCUCUUUGAAAAGACCAAAGCUGACAAACUCCAGAGGGAGUUAGAAGACACUAGGGUGGCCACAGUGUCAGAAAAGUCCCGCAUCAUGGAACUCGAGAAAGACCUCGCAUUGCGAGUGCAGGAGGUAGCUGAGCUGCGGAGGCGGCUGGAGUCCAAUAAGCCAGCUGGGGAUGUGGACAUGUCACUGUCCCUCUUGCAAGAGAUCAGCGCUUUGCAGGAGAAGUUAGAAGCCACCCAUAGUGACCACCAGAAAGAAGUCGCUUCUCUGAAGGAGCAUUUUGGAGCCCGGGAAGAAACGCACCAGAAGGAGUUAAAGGCUCUGCAGGCUGCCACAGAGAAGCUUUCCAAAGAGAAUGAGUCCCUGAAAAGCAAGCUCGACCAUGCCAACAAGGAGAAUUCAGACGUGAUCGCCCUGUGGAAGUCUAAGCUGGAGACAGCCAUCGCGUCCCACCAGCAGGCCAUGGAGGAGCUGAAGGUGUCCUUCAGCAAGGGGGUCGGCACCGAGACAGCCGAAUUCGCCGAGUUAAAAACGCAGAUAGAGAAAAUGAGACUGGACUACCAGCAGGAAAUAGAAAAUCUGCAGAACAAGCAAGACUCAGAAAGAUCUGCUCACACGAAAGAGCUUGAAGCCCUAAGGGCUAAGCUGAUGCAAGUCAUUAAAGAGAAAGAGAACAGUCUGGAAGCCAUCCAGUCGAAGUUGGACAAAGCGGAAGAGCAGCACCUAGUGGAAAUGGAGGACACCUUAAACAAACUGCAGGAAGCCGAGCUAAAGGUAAAGGAGCUAGAGGUGCUACAAACCAAAUGCAAUGAGCAAACCAAGGUUAUUGAUCAUUUUACAUCACAGCUCAAGGCUGCCGAAGAAAAGCUCUCAGACCUUGACGCGCUUCAGAAAGCCAGCUCCGAAGGUAAAUUGGAAAUCGAGAACCUCAGACAGCAGCUUGAGGCAGCUGAGAAACAGAUUAAAAACUUAGAGAUUGAAAAGGAUGCUGAAAGCAGCAAGGCUAGUAGCAUCACCAAAGAGCUGCAGGGAAAAGAGCUAAUGCUUAAUAACCUUCAGGAAAACUUGAGUGAAGUCAGUCGAGUGAAAGAGGCUUUGGAAAAAGAACUGCAGACUUUGAAAGAAAAGUUUGCUGAUGCUUCAGAGGAGGCAGUCUCUUUUCAGAGAAGUAUGCAAGAAACUGUAAAUAAAUUACAUCAAAAAGAGGAACAGUUUAACGCACUGUCUUCUGAACUGGAGAAGUUGAGAGAAAAUUUAACAGACAUGGAGGCAAAAUUUAGAGAGAGAGAUGAAAGGGAAGAGCAGCUGAUAAAGGCGAAAGAAAAACUGGAAAAUGACAUUGCAGCAAUAAUGAAAAUGUCUGGAGACAAUUCUUCUCAGCUGACAAAAAUGAAUGACGAACUACGUCUGAAAGAAAGAAAUGUAGAAGAAUUACAGCUGAAACUAACCAAGGCUAAUGAAAAUGCAAGCCUUCUGCAGAAAAGUAUUGGGGAAGUAACUCUCAAAGCUGAACAGAGUCAGAAAGAAGCAGCUAAAAAGCAUGAGGAAGAAAAGAAAGAACUGCUGAGAAAACUGUCAGACCUGGAAAAGAAGAUGGAAAUGAGCCGGAACGAAUGUCAAGAUCUGAAAGCCAGGUACGAGGAAGCCAGUUCCGAGAGCAAAGCCAAGCACGAAGAAGUCCUGCAGAACUUCCACAAGCUGCUACGGGACACAGAGGAGCGGCUGAAGGCCGCACAGGAGGAGAACCACGAGCUGCUGCAGAAGCUGGAGGAGCUGGGGAAGCAAGCCGACAGAGCCAGAUCGCUAACUUACUUAUUAACAUCAGCCAAAAGAGAAAUUGAACUAAUGUCAGAAGAGCUGAGGGGUCUGAAAUCAGAGAAGCAGCUUCUUGCCCAGGAGGGGAAUGCUUUAAAGUUAGAAAAAGGUUCACUUCUGUCCAAACUUGUAGAGUUGGAGGCCAAAAUAACUUUACUUCAGGAGGACCAACAGAAGCUCUGGUCAGUAAAUGAAACUCUUAAUUUAGAAAAGGAGAAAAUCUGGGAAGAAAAGCAAGACGCUGAAAAGCUUUAUCAGCAGGAACAACUCGAUAGAGCAGCUUUGGCUGUGGAGAGAGAGAAAUUACUGAAAGAGAUCAAUAUCACACAGGAGGAACUGUUGAAGAUAAAUACGGAAAACGAGUCUUUGCAGGCUUCCGAAGCAAGCUUGCAGGCACUCGCAGAGGAACUGCAGUUCAGCAAAGAUAUUCUAAUGGCCGAGUCUCAGAAGUAUCGGGAAGAAAAAGAUCACCUGGAGAAUCGUAUCAAGAAGCUGGUCACUGAAAACCUCGCAUUGGCUAAAGAUAAAGAUGAAAUUAUUCAGAAGCUUCAGAGCUCCUAUGAGGAGCUGGUCAAAGAUCAGAAGAGCUUGGUGCAGGAGAUCGAGGAUCUUACAAUAGAGAAAAAGUCAACUUUGGAGAAACAAUCAGGUCUUGACAACAUGUGUAUAGCCCUAAAGGUCGAAAGAGAUCGUCUUCUUCAGAGCAGCAAAGACCUGCAGUUCAAGAAGGACAUGCUGCUUCAAGAUCAGGAAAAGCUGAACACCAGUCUGGAGACUGCCCUCCAGGUCAAACAUCUGCUCAGCACAGAAGCCGGCGAGCUCCGCGCACAGCUGGAGGAGGCUGGCAAGGCACUGAGGAAAGCUGAGCUGGAGAUUCUGCAACUGCAGGCCACGAACACAAGCCUCACAAACCUGCUGGAAGAAAUUAAGACCAGCCGGGAGAUCACAGACUCUGAGUGCAUCCAGCUUCUGCACGAAAAAGAGACCUUAACCUCUUCCGAGAGGAGGCUCUUGGCUGAGAAAGAAGAACUGCUAAAUGAAAAUAGGCUCAUCACCGAAAAACUCAGCAAAUCCUCAGAAGAGUCCGCCCGCAUCGAGAUGAACCUGAAUGAGAAGAUCACGUACCUCACUUCUGAGAAGGAGCUGGUUUGUCAGAAAAUCACUAAGCUCAAAAAGCAGCAGGAUAACCUCUUGAAAGAAAAAUCGGUACUGGAGAUGCGGAAUGGGGAUUUACUGGUAGAAAGAGAGAACUCCAUGAAGGCCAUGGAAGACCUUAAAAAGAAAUAUGAUCAAGAGUCAGCCAACAGAAGAAUCGUUGUGCACGAGAAGAUGAAACUGCUCAGCAAUCUCGAUGCUCUGAAGAAAGAGCUUCAAGAGAGAGAAAAGGAAAACCAAGAGCUCACAGCCACCAAGUGUGAUCUCUCUCUGAUGCUAAAAGAGGCCCAAAACGCCAAAAAGAUGCUAGAAAAAGAACACACUGACGUAUUGCAAGCCAAGGAGAGUUUAAAUGCUGAACUCAAGGCCUGCUGUUCUGAAAAGAACAUCUUGUUAAGGGACGGGUUGAAUCUGCAAGAAGAGUGUCAGAAGUUAAACGAGAAGAUUCACACAAUGCAACAGUCCCUUGUGCUGGAGAAAGAAGCCAGGACGCAGGACAAAGAGUCGUCCUUGUACGAGAGCAACAAACUCCAUGGGAAGGUGGCGCUCCUGGAACAGGAGGUGGAGAAGCUGAGAACCUGCACCCAGGAGCUCCAGUCUGAAAACUACACGCUUGUCCAAGGUAAGACCAACUCGGAGCAGAAAGUGGCUGACAUCAUCAAGGAGAAGGAACUCCUGAGAGCAGAGACGGUGCGUUUGGCCACCUACAUAGAGACUCUGAAGAGUGACUUUGCUGCCUUGUCCAAGUCCAAGUUGGAACUGCAGGAACUGCAUGGCUACCUCACCAAGAUGCUGGACGACCUGCAGCUGAAGCACGAGGUGACCCUGGCCAAGCAGGCCAAGGCGACGCAGGACAACAGGAAACUCCUGGCCGAGAAAAGAGAGAUGAUGCUGAAAAACGACGAGCUCCUGAAGGAGAAGGAGAAGCUGGCCGAAAGCUACUUCCUCCUCCAGAAAGAGAUCAGCCAGCUGGCCAAAACCAACAGCCACAUCUCAGCCAACCUCCUGGAGUCUCAAAACGAAAACCGUAUUUUGAGGAAAGACAAGAGCAAGCUCGCUCUAAAAAUCAGAGAGCUCGAGACCCUGCACUCCUUUACGGCCGCUCAAACCGCUGAAGAUGCCAUGCAGAUAAUGGAACAGAUGACCAAAGAGAAGACCGAAACACUGGCCUCCUUGGAAGAUUCCAAGCAAACAAAUGAAAAACUGCAGAAUGAAUUGGAUACACUUAAAGAAAACAACUUGAAAAACGUGGAAGAGCUGAACAAAUCAAAAGAGCUUCUGACAGUAGAGAACCAAAAAAUAGAAGAAUUCAAGAAAGAAAUGCAUCUGGUGAGGGAGGAUCUGAGCAUCAAGAGAAGAUUCCCUCACCAACCUCCCUGUGCCAUAAUCCCACCUCUGAGCUCCCUGGGCCGUACUAGAGAAACCCUAAAGCAGGCAGCAGCUCAGAAGUCCCAGCAGCUCUCAGCGCUGCAAGAAGAGAACGUGAAACUUAACGAGGAGCUGGGGAGGAGCAGGGACGAAGUCACCAGUCACCAAAAGCUGGAAGAAGAGAGAUCAGUGCUCAAUAAUCAGUUGUUAGAAAUGAAAAAGAGAGAAUCCAAGUUAAUAAAAGACGCAGAUGAAGAAAAAGCUUCCUUGCAGAAAUCCAUCAGUAUCACUAGUGCCUUACUCACAGAAAAGGAUGCCGAGCUGGAAAAACUGAGAAAUGAGGUCACGGCGCUCAGGGGAGAGAACGCGUCCGCCAAGUCCUUGCAUUCAGUUGUUCAGUCUCUAGAGUCUGAUAAGGUGAAGCUUGAGCUCAAGGUAAAGAACUUGGAGCUUCAACUCAAAGAAAACAAGAGGCAGCUCAGCAGCUCCUCAGGUAAUACUGAUACUCAGGCAGAAGAGGAUGAAAGAGCCCAGGAGAGUCAGCAAAUGAUUGACUUCCUCAAUUCAGUAAUAGUGGACCUUCAGAGGAAGAAUCAGGACCUCAAGAUGAAGGUGGAGAUGAUGUCAGAAGCAGCCCUGAAUGGGAAUGGGGACGACCUGAACAACUACGACAGCGAUGACCAGGAGAAACAGUCCAAGAAGAAACCCCGCCUCUUCUGUGACAUAUGUGACUGCUUUGAUCUCCACGACACAGAGGAUUGUCCCACCCAGGCCCAGAUGUCCGAGGACCCACCCCACUCCACACACCACGGCAGUCGGAGCGAGGAACGCCCCUACUGUGACAUCUGUGAGAUGUUUGGGCACUGGGCUACCAACUGCAAUGACGAUGAGACCUUCUGAUGAAGCCUUCCACCCAGAACUGGGCUCUCUCAGAUGCACUGGCGUGUAGGCAACUGACCACCAGCAUUAUGCGUGCAGACUUCAGGAGAACUCACAUUAUUUUUGACCCCCAUCAACAAAUCUAAGAAAAUAUUUCGAUCUUCCACAAAAUCGCCCUUUUAGUUAGAAUAAUAAAUAAAGGGGGGUUUUCACCUCUGAUUUUUGUCUUCUUGAUUUUUAAAAAGUAUUCCAUUGCACCAGAUGCCAUUACACUAACCGUCCCUAUGAGGGAGACCUCACAGAACGACUCCUAGCCUUUCAGUACCUUAUUUAAGUUAACUUUAAAUUAUGCCGUUCCUCUUCAUAUUUGCACUAAAAUAUUUCCAGGCUGCAUUUGUAUAUUUAGAUGUUUGGGUUAAGCUUUGACACUGGAAUGAGUUGAAAAAAAUGUAUGCCACUUUGCAUUUUCAUCUACUCGUUUAUUUUUAGUCAAAGAAAUAGCUGAGUUCUUUGCACUACCCAAUGUCAGUAGUGCCUUUAUUUCAGGCUUGAUGAUACUUUUAGGUGUGAUUAUAAAAUCAUGAAACAGGUAAAGGGAGGGGGAAGCCCCCAAACUGCUGUGGGGACGUUUUAUUAUAAUCUUGAUGCUGCACCCACUUUACUCUACUGUGGUGUUUUGUUUAUCCAUUUUGCAUAAUUUCAGCUUCUAUAUAUUAUAUGUAUAUAUUUUUGUAAAAUCUAUAUUUUGGGGAAAAAACCUAUACAGUAUGUCUUUCUUUUCAGAUUUUUAUCUUUAUGAAAAAGGAAACACUUAAAAUGUUCAUCAGGACGUGAUGCACUAGGCCAGGAUCAGCAUCACGUGGCUUCGCAGCUGUGUGUUCUCUGUUUUCAUUUUCUUUCUUUAUCAGGAAUAAAUGGGAGAAUUUUCUCCAGGUUUUGUUUUUCUUCUCCAACAAAUAUCCCCAGCAGUCGGUUAAUUAGAUAAUAAGCCACUCUAAAACACCUAAAUGAACCAGUCUACAAUCUUUACAACUUUUUUUUUUUACUGUGUUUUUAGAUGAAUAUACUAUGAGAAAUUCAACAUUAAUAGUUUUGGAUUUUCUUAUCACAAAAAAUAAAAUGAAGGACCUCAACCACAAGUUUAGUAACCAGUUUGAAUCUAUUUAUCUUUAUUUGAAUGUCUUUUAGAAUAUGUAAAAAAUAAUAAAUAAAUGUAUCUUCCAGGAGACAUGUAUAAUAAAAACUUCUAUAAUUGUACAUAUGCCUUUGAUGUAUUUUCCCCUCCAGAUUAUCAACUAUGUGUUUGACAAGUGAAAAAUAAAUAUGUAAUCAGUUGAAAUUUGGGAUUAUAAACAAACAUCCUAAUAGGAACUGUUUCACAAACACAAAAUGUAAAGCAGUAUUAAAAUCCAAGCAAACAAGUGUUCUGUAACUACUUUAAUAAAUGGUUAUUCUUUUUUGCCAGUGUA